AUGGUGACAGGCAGAGGCCAGGCAGCGCCUGCCCAUACAUGGACCGCCCUGAGGCCGACGCAGACGGCGAGUCCCCGUGCUCCGCUGCGGGAUGGGGACAGGGACAGUUCUGCCAAAGGCUGGUCAGGAAAGAGACAAGAUCAGGAGGCUGCCACCAACAGUCCUACUGCCUUGGACUCUUUAAGCAGAAAUCAUUUUGCAAAGCCCAGAAUAAUUGGAGGAAAAUUAGCUGCUUUUACUGUGCUAGCUAAUUCAGAUGCUUUUAUUCCUUGCGAAGCCACUGGUAACCCCCGUCCAACAAUAGAGUGGACCAAGAUGUCAUCAGGGACCGAUGCUCUGGCAGGCCGAGGUGACGGCAGAUGGAUGGUGUUUGCCAACGGCACGCUCUCCAUUGCCCGAGUGGGCCUGGAGGACCGCGGGCAGUACCUGUGCACUGCGGCCAACCCGCACGGCACCGCACGGCUCCUGGCCACCUUGUCGGUAGUGGCCUACCCACCGCGCAUCACCGGCGGCAGGUGGCAGCUCCUCACCGCUCACUCCGGAAAGCCCGUGGCAGUGAGGUGCAAAGCUGAGGGAAGGCCUCCCCCCACCGUCUCCUGGGUUCUAGCAAAUAAGACGCACGUCUCCGACUCUUCUUCAGGAAAUAACCAAGUUCACGUGCAACCAGACGGCACUUUAAUUAUCAAGGAAGUCACUGUUUACGACAGGGGCCUCUACACAUGCGUGGCUAAAAACCCAGCGGGCAGUGACACGCUGGUUGUAAAACUGCAGGUCAUCGCGGCACCUCCCGCUAUUCUGGAAGAGAAGAGACAACGUGUUGAAGGAACGAUGGGGGAAAAUCUGAAACUCCCUUGCACCGUGAAAGGGAACCCUCAGCCCAGCGUCCACUGGGUCCUCUUCGAUGGCACGGUGGUGAAACCUCUGCAGUUUGUCAACGCAAAGCUGUUCCUCUUCUCCAAUGGGACCCUCCACCUCAGCAACGUCGCCCCUUCCGACAGCGGGAAUUACGAGUGCAUAGCCACAAGCUCGACUGGCUCGGAAAGGAGGGUGGUGAGCCUCGUGGUGGAACACAGGAACGCGCUUCCAAAAAUAGCUACCGCCUCCCCAGAAAAGACUCAGUUGAACUUUGGGGAUAAGUUGCUUCUGAACUGCACAGCGACGGGGGAGCCAAAGCCCAGGAUCAUCUGGAGGUUGCCUUCCAAGGCAGUUGUCGACCAAUGGCACAGAAUGGGAAGUCGAAUCCACGUGUACCCCAAUGGAUCCUUGGUUAUUGAGGCAGUUACUGAAAAGGAUGCAGGUGACUAUCUGUGUGUCGCAAGAAACAAAAUUGGAGAUGAUCUGAUAUGGAUGAAAGUCAGCAUCACAAUGAAACCAGCCAAGAUUGACCAGAAACAGUCUUUCAAGAAACUGGUGCCAUACGGAAAAGAUUUCAAAGUGGACUGCAAGGCCUCUGGGUCACCCGCCCCAGAAAUAUCCUGGAGUUUGCCAGAUGGGACGGUGGUCAACAAUGCGAUGCUGGCAGAUGACAGUGGACACAGGUCUCGCAGAUACAUCCUCUUUGACAAUGGAACUCUGUAUCUCAACAAAGUCGGAGUAAGAGAAGGAGGAGAUUAUACCUGCUAUGCUCAAAACACCCUGGGAAGAGACGAAAUGAAGAUACGUAUCACGGUCGUCGUGGCAGCCCCUCAGAUAAAGCACAACUACAAGACGUACAUUACAGUGAAAGCUGGAGAUACGGCAUUACUGGACUGUGAAGCUGUUGGCGAACCCAAGCCAAAAAUAUUCUGGUUGCUGCCUUCCAGCGACAUGAUCUCCUCAUCAACAGACAGACACUUCCUGGGCGCCAAUGGCUCUCUGUCAGUCAGUCAAGUCAGGCUGUUAGAUGCCGGGGAGUACAUGUGUGUUGCUCGCAAUCCUGGAGGGGAUGACACAAAAUUGUAUAAACUGGAUGUUGUUGCUAAACCACCCAUCAUAAACGGUUUAUACGUGAACAAAACAAUCAUGAAAGUGACGGCAGUGAGGCAUUCAAAGAAACAAAUUGACUGUAGGGCAGAAGGGACACCUCCUCCUCAGAUUAUGUGGAUCAUGCCUGAUAAUAUUUUCCUAACAGCUCCGUAUUAUGGGAGCAGGAUUGCAGUACACAAAAACGGGACACUGGAGAUCCGGAACAUAAGGCCUUCUGACACAGGAGAUUUUAUCUGCGUGGCACGUAAUGACGGGGGGGAGAGUAUGCUGGUGGUGCAGCUGGAGGUAUUAGAAAUGCUAAGGCGACCGAUGUUUAAAAAUCCAUUCAAUGAAAAAAUAAUAGCAAAACCUGGAAAAACUACCACACUGAAUUGUUCUGUGGAUGGAAACCCUCCACCCGACAUCAGCUGGAUGGUGCCUAACGGCACGUGGUUUUCCAGCGGCAUCAGGAGUUCCCAGUUCCUCACAGGGAGCAGCGGCACCCUUACCAUCUACAGUCCUGACAGAGACAAAGCAGGGAAGUAUCGCUGCGCCGCCAGGAAUAAAGUUGGCUAUAUUGAGAAGAUGAUCAUCCUGGAAGUGGGCCAGAAGCCCAAUAUCCUCACGCACCCAACGGGGCCGGUGAAGGGCGUCAGCGGGGAGUCGUUAUCGCUGCACUGCCUGUCUGACGGGAGUCCCAAACCAAACACGGCGUGGACUCUGCCCGGUGGCCACGUUGGGAAGUACAUACUGCUGGAAAACGGUACUUUGGUCAUACGAGAGGCCACCAUUCAUGACAGAGGAAAUUACGUGUGCAAGGCCCACAAUAAUGCCGGAGACUCCUCUGUGACUGUUCCUGUGGUGAUUGUAGCCUAUCCCCCCAGGAUUACGCACAGACCCCCGCAGACCAUACGCACGAUGCCUGGGGCAGCAGUUCAGCUCCACUGCGUGGCACUGGGAAUACCAAACCCAGAGAUUACCUGGGAGUUACCUGACCACUCGGUACUGUCUGCGGGUCGCCAAGGCCGAGCUUCUGGGAGCGAACUGCUUCACCCCCCGGGGACGUUACUCAUCCAGAAUCCCCGACCCUCCGAUUCCGGCGCGUACAAGUGCACAGCGAAAAACUAUCUUGGCAGUGAUUUCACAAUAACAUAUGUUCACGUCAUUUGA